AGCAGCUGCAUUGUAUGGUCUGAAACUAAUGGCUGCGAAGAUAGGACUCGGACUCGGCAGCGUCACUCAGCGGGCGGCCAUGGCUGCAGUCACUCCUUCACCUUCACCUUCACCUCUCUCCAAUGCUCUUCCUCCUCCUCACAGUGUCAUCUUCCUGAAGAGUUGGUCCGCUCGCCGUCGCUCCCUCCGACUCGACUCGUCUCGGAAGUCGCCUUUCUCUCUCAGAGUCAAAGCCUCCACUUCCUCCGACUCCGAAGCUUCUUCAGCUAAAGGCGUCGAGAAUGUGGUAAUCAUAGGUUCAGGUCCAGCUGGAUAUACAGCAGCAAUUUAUGCAGCUCGUGCCAAUUUGAAGCCCGUAGUAUUUGAAGGGUAUCAAGUAGGCGGUGUUCCUGGGGGACAGUUGAUGACUACGACUGAAGUGGAGAACUUCCCAGGGUUUCCAGAUGGAAUAACUGGUCCAGAUUUGAUGGAUCGGAUGCGGCGGCAAGCUGAGCGUUGGGGAGCAGAAUUAUUCCAAGAAGAUGUGGAAUUUCUGGAUGUGAAAACAACUCCCUUUACAGUGCAAAGUAGCGAACGUAAGGUAAAAUGUUAUAGUGUCAUUUUUGCUACUGGAGCUACUGCAAAAAGGUUGAAGUUACCUCGUGAAGAUGAAUUUUGGAGUAGGGGAAUUAGUGCUUGUGCAAUCUGUGAUGGUGCAUCACCACUGUUUAAAGGUCAAGUUCUUGCUGUGGUUGGAGGAGGUGAUACAGCUACAGAGGAAGCAUUAUACCUCACUAAAUAUGCUCGUCAUGUUCAUUUACUUGUACGUAGGAAUGAACUGAGGGCAUCCAAAGCAAUGCAGGAUAGAGUUCACAACAAUCCGAAUAUCACCUUGCACUUCAAUACAGAGGCUGUGGACAUUGUUAGUAAUAACAGAGGCCAGAUGUCUGGCAUUUUACUUAGAAAAGUUGAUACUGGGGAGGAAUCUGUGCUUGAGGCAAAAGGCUUGUUUUAUGGUAUAGGUCAUACACCGAAUAGCCAGUUGUUGGAAGGCCAGGUUGAACUUGACAGCUCAGGCUAUGUCAUAGUUGAGGAGGGUUCUGCAAGAACUUCUGUUGAAGGUGUAUUUGCAGCUGGAGAUGUACAGGACCAUGAAUGGAGGCAAGCCGUAACAGCAGCUGGAUCAGGUUGCGUAGCUGCUUUAUCUGUUGAGAGGUAUCUUGUGGGGAAUAAUCUCCUGAUUGAAUUUCACCAGCCCCAAAGAGAGGAGGUUAAGAAGGAACUCACAGAUAGGGAUGUCCGAGAAGGUUUUGACAUUACCCUUACAAAACACAGGGGCCAGUAUGCUCUACGAAAAUUGUACCAUGAAAGUCCGAGACUUAUAUGUGUGCUAUAUACUGCACCAACAUGUGGUCCAUGUAGGACCUUGAAGCCAAUUCUUAGCAAGGUGAUAGAUGAAUUUGAUCAGAAUGUACAUUUUGUUGAAAUUGACAUUGAGGAAGAUCCCGAAAUAGCAGAGGCAGCUGGAAUUAUGGGUACACCAUGUGUACAGUUCUUCAAGAACAAGGAAAUGAUCAAGACUGUAUCAGGGGUCAAAAUGAAGAAUGAGUACAGAGAAUUCAUUGAAUCGAACAAAUGAGAGUAAUUCAAAUGUUGGUUUUCGCCAAUGCCUUCAUUUUGUGAUUCAAUUUUGUUUGUUCCCCAUUGGCCUGUUGAAUAAUGCCCUUCUAGUUUUACAGGGACCUCCCACAUCCUGAAUAACGCAUGCAGAGUUGUGAAUGUAUUGUUACGGAUUUUGAAACUUCAGUCCUGUAAUUUGCUUUAUUUAUUUCAAUAAUGAUGCUCUUUCUCAGCCAUCCA